UAAAAUUCUACGUAAAGUAAAUUGUUGAACAAGGCAUGACUGCAAUUGGUUUGACGCCACUAUUUUUAUCGGUCGCUUUAUUUAUACUACAAAACUAUGAAAACCACAGAGCGAUUGAGACACGGGAGGAGGACAUUAGGACAGAUGGUUACGAUUUUAUAGUUGUGGGUUCGGGUGCCGCCGGUGCCGUUGUGGCCGCCCGGUUGGCCCAAAACCCAGCCGUAAACGUACUGUUACUGGAGACGGGCGGCCCCGCGGGUGGCAAUACAGACAUUCCCGGCGCGUAUUGGCAUUUCUUUAACUCACCCCUUGACUGGAACUACACCCAUGAGCCACAGGCUGUGGGCCAUGCGUUUCGCCAUGGUCGCAUUCCCGAAAAUGCCGGCAUGGCGAUUGGUGGUAGCUCGUCGAUCAACACCAUGAUUUAUAAUCGAGGUAAUCGACACGACUUUGACAAGUGGGCCAACGAGUCUGGUGCCCACGGAUGGAGCUAUGAUGAAGUGUUGCCCUAUUUCUUGAAGUGGGAAAAUCAAACUGAUCCCCAAUUGGCCAAAAAUGGUUAUCACUCGACAACUGGCCCAAUGCAGGUAACGUCAUGGGCAAAACCGGCGCGAAUCAUACUGGCGCAUCAACAAGCGCUGAAAGAGCUAGGUAUUAAAACUGUGGACAUUAACGGGGCUGACCAGAAUGGCACAACAAUUGCUCAGGCGUUUAUCACAGCCAAUGGCGUGCGAUCGAGCGCUUCGCACGGUUACAUAGAUCCAAAUCGUAACCCUAAUAAUUUGCACAUUUUACCAAAUUCAUUUGUCACCAAGGUGAUAUUUAAAAACAAAACGGCCGUCGGCGUCGAGUUUGACCGACACGGAAAGGGGCAAACAAUGCUCGCUAUGCGAGAGUAC